AUGAGUCCUUCCUCUGCACUCAUCGACGACGGAGAGAAGACUACUGUUCGUUCUGGCAACGCAAAACUUCACAACAUGCAAAAGGUAGAGGCGGAACACAUUGCCUAUGCCUUUAUUCAAUGGCAGGCUCGCUAUGGUAUCUCCUCGCGUGACAAGUGGUCUGAGAGCGACGGAAAAUACAGUUACCAUGAUGCAUACUACCACACCAUCAAAGCUAUCCGCGAGGCACCCGACCCCGAUUGGGCAAAGUCCCUCCUUGAGUGGUGGAACAAUGCAGUCUUCACUAAUAAGAAGGGUGUACUCGACUUCAACCUUAGCGAAAACGAAGAUGAAGAAGAUGACUAUGCUUUAAUGAAGAAACAAUUUGCGAUGCGUACAAUAAAGGGAUGGGCUGAGACCAAUAAAACACCUCUCGAGCUUGACUCCGAAACAUCAAUGAUGGACGCUACGACUACCACAUCUACAUCAAGAAGGGAACCAUCCUCUCCUGCAACUACCCCUCCUCCAGAAGACCUGAUUGUGUCGCCAGCUGCAAGGCCCAUUCCUAGACCUCACCCCAUCAAACCUACCACUCAACAUGCUUCUUCGAGUUCGGGUGCUCAUGUUCCUCCUGCACCUACUCCGUCUCCUGCACGAGUAUCGGCUCCUACUAAUCAUUCGCCGAAGCCUGCCUCAGUCGCCACUGUGCCCCAUACUGUCGUGUCUAAAAAGCGCCCAUCUGCGGAGCUUCUGGUUGAUAGCGAUAGCCCACUGACCGACGCGGAAUCCGAAGUUGCCCCUUCUCCAGCAAAACAUCCAAAACAAGGCAAGCGGGCCAAGGCGGGCGAGAGCAACAAGAGCGCUGGUAAGAAACGCAAGGGUCGAAAGUAA